AACAAGCAAAUGCUGUCUUAAGCUCUUUUGAACCAAACCAACUUUCAGCUAUACUUUUUGAAAAUAGUAUGCUUCUGUUUGAGACAACUACACCAGUGAAGUCUAUGAGCAAGCACGAUUCUAUGUACAGUAGCAGAAGGAAUGACCAGUUAACAACAUUUUCAGAGUUGUCUGUUGUUCUGAUGGAUUCAAAACCUAGAGUACUUUCAGGAGUGUUGUCAGAGUUGGUUGCAUCACAGAAAAUGUCGCUGCAGGAGGUUUUGCAAGUUUUUUUGGAGUAUCUCCCAUCUAGAAUUGGUAUUUCUGGAUCAUCAGCAAGUCUUGUUUUACAAGUUUUCCUGGAAAACCACUUUGGGCAUUAUUUUGAAUUGUAUCCAGAUUGUGACUUCAAAUCUGUGUAUGACCUUCCUGUUAUUGAAGCACUGAAAAUACUGGUGAGGUCUUACCUGAGUGACCUCCAGUGCUAUAAUCUUGCUAGUAAAAAGAAUACCAGUGACAAAAGUUGCACACCUGAAACUCCAGAAGUUAAAGAUAGUGCAGAUAAAUCACCAGUUCUCUUUGAAAGUUGUCACUUUGAGUUCCUUCAAAAAAUGCCUCCAUUUGCUCCUAACUUGUCUGAAAAGCUUCUAGCGCAUCAGAGAGGUGAAAACACGGAUCCAAAAAUUCAACCAUCAGAUGAAGAUAAAGGCCACAAAAAUGAAAGUCUUGUUAAACUUCAGUGCCUUCUUUGCUCUGGGAAACUUCCAAAGGAGUGUGUUGUAGAAGUUUACCAAUUUGUUCAAACACACCCACAACUUCAUGGAAACCUCAGCCUCCAGGUGCUGUGUGUCUCAACAAAGGAAGCAACGAAUGUUUUGCUGAAUUUCUGUCCUCAAACACUGCUGCAGUUUGCCAAAGACAGAUAUACUGUUGACAGUGAGUACAAACAUUUGUUGUCAUUGUUACACAAGAAAAUCAGUGCAUUGUCUGAUGAGUUACUGAAGCCAUACUACAUGCGAGUAAUGAAUGAAAUUUUAACGUACUUGGCCCAGACAUAUCCAUUGGAAUCUCUAUGCCAAAUGUUACCUGCUGGAACAGAGUAUCAGUAUGCUAGUUUUAUCCACAUGGGCCAACAAGUAACACAUGCCAAUCACAUCAGAUCACUUAUAAUGAUUACUGGCCGACAGCUGUUAGGAACUCUGAAGUUAUGAACUUUUAUGUACCUUCCAGCAUUUUCUUUCCCACUAUUGUAUUUAUUAUUUAAGUUUGCAAUAUGAUAUUUACAUUUCAGGUAUUUAACUGAAAAUACCGUCUAGUGGCAGGGCUAGUGCAUUAUAAGGCUGUGAAAUUAUGCCUGUAUUAGUUGUAAAACAGUGUAUGAAUAAGUUUAUAAACAGUUUACAAUCAUUAUAGCAAUUGUGGCAUCAUAUUGGACUGCCACAUCUAUACAACAUAAUAUAUAAGCCAAGGACCUUCCACCAUUGUGUUCCUUUUUUAUUCUAUUGACUGCAAGAUUUUGCACCACUAUUAGUAUUUUAAAAGCAACAUAUCACUUUUUGGUAUUUCUUAAAAAUUUUACAGUACUCAAAAGUUAUUACAUGUAUGGUAAAUGAACUGUAACUGGUAGAAUUAUAUUUUAUAAAGAAGCCCACUGUGAGCUCAGACAUAGCAGGAGCUAUUCUUGAUCACUUGAUAACAUAAAGCCAUUUUCAAAUCCAAAGAGCUUUUUAAGCAGUAUGUAGAGUGCAGCAAUCACAGAAAAUGCCUUUGUGGACAUG